CCGCAGCCUGAGUAGUCAAGCCGGGGGAGAGCGGCGGACGCGAAAGAAACCUUGAAGAAAGACUAUCGUUAAGCAGCCGCUACUGCUUUCGCAGGCGAGCACGAACGCGGGCACCGGCCAGCCUUACUGUACCCCCCGUGUCUAAAUCGUCAGCCCGAAGCCUUAAAGGGACCGCCCUAAUCUAAGUCCUAAAGCAGACAUGAGCCAAGUUCAGCGCUGGAAUGGGAGCUGCGUUAGCAACUGCAGCCGGGCGGACAUGGUCCGGGAGAUCGCCGCCGCCGUGGGCUUCGUGUCCAGUUUGCUCCGGACCCGGGGCUGCGUUAGUGAACAGCAGCUUCAGGUUUUCAGCGGGGCCCUGGAAGAGGCGCUCACAGAGCAUUACAAACAUCACUGGUUCCCCGAGAAACCCUUCAAAGGCUCUGGCUACCGCUGCAUCCGUAUCAACCAUAAAAUGGACCCUAUCAUCAGCAAGGCAGCUAGUCAAAUUGGACUCAAUCUCCAGCAACUAUACCAGCUCUUGCCCAGUGAACUCACACUCUGGGUGGACCCUUAUGAGGUAUCCUACCGGAUUGGUGAGGAUGGAUCCAUCUGUGUUCUGUAUGAGGCAUCCACAGCACCAGUGAGCUCCUACGGGAUGCUUACCUGCAAAAAUCAGAUGAUGCUGGGGCGCACCAGCCCUUCCAAAAGCUACAUGAUGACAGUCUCCAGCUAAGUGUUCUCAGUUGUCCUUACACUGCCAAGACAUGGGCUACUGAAUACCUCAUCUGAGGAUGUAUUUUUAAAAAAUGAAGAGCUAUUUAUAUUUUUUUAAAAAACAGAAAAUCCAAAAUGAAACUCAAUAGCAGGCACCACUCCUCUGGGGAGUGGUGUUGAGGUGCCUUUUUAAAAGCUGUUGCAAGCUUGCGAGAUUAUUAAAAAAAAUGCCAAUAUCUACCUAAUUAGUGUUGGAAGACAAUUCUGAAGGGUUGAUCUGCCUAUCUGGGAAAUGCAGGGUUGGAAACAUAAGGAAAGGGGGGUGGGGCAGGGUACAGCACUUUUAAGCAGUGACUAACUAUGGGGCAAGUGCUACAACUGUGAAUUUAAAGGCCAGCAUGCCAGGAUGGUAGUACUUUAAAUGAUGAACCAUAUAUCUUGAUUGGGAUGUCAUAACCUCAUUCUAGCCUUGGCUUUUUUCUUUCAAGUCACCUGUUCGUACUACACUGUUAUGUAGUAUGUUAUGCACACUUCACCACCAGUUUCACCUGCUAUCUCAGUCUGAGCAACUUUUUCUUCUUUUUAAUGGCCUAUGCAUUUUGUUAAAACACCCUAUCACAAUUAAAGCCACUAUCUUUGAUCCACUGGGUGGGUUUCUAAGUGACAGCCCAUUUUGCACAAAACUUGAUUUUUCUGCACCACAUCCUGUACUUCAUGCUAAAGCAAAAUUCCAUUUGGCACCCAAAAGUUGUUUCUGAAAUCAUAAGGAACUUUUGCUUGCCAAGGAGAUCCAGGAUCUGGUCUGUGUCACAAUCUGGCUUGUUACUUUAGUAGUCAACUUGCAUACACAGAAGUGCAAUGGCCAGGCCAAUGUGAAUCUGAUCUACCUGCUAGAAAAGCCUUCACCAGGGUGUUGUCUAUUUCACUGCCUUUAUCUUGACCUUGUAAAAUUCCUGACCAUGCUGCCAAUGAUUGCUUAGAGGCAAUUACAAAAACAGGGCACUUAACUUAAAAAUAAAAAUAAAAAUAAUGAAACCUUCUCGGAUCUGCUUCAGAGCACAUGGUCUGUUGGGCUUUCUCCUGUUUUGAAGAGGCAACUGCUUUGUAUCCCCAGAGCUGCUGCUGCUCUGCUUUUUUGUGAAUUGAGUUCUCAGACACUGUGCAAUAUGUUUCAUAAAACUUGGGCACUCUAGAGGAGGAGCAGCUUCUGUGCAGCCAUUUCAAAGCAACUAACAUUUUCUCAUAUGAGGUGUAUGCUCAGGUUCAUGAAUGUCUGACCUAGGAAAUCUCAGCACCAUAAUGGCAUAUCAUUUAAGAAGUGUGAGGGCCUUUUAUAUGGAAUAGUUCAGGGCUGCAUAGCUUCAGCCCACCAGCUGCUUUUGGACUAAAGCUCCCAUAAUCCCCAGCUACAGUGGCCAAUAGAGAUGAUGGGAGUUGCAGUCCAACAUCUGUAGGAGGGCCAAAGUUCUGCACCCUGGAAUAGCUUAUGCUCUUAUUUUAGAGGCACAAUUUGCCCAGAAGUUCUCCUGUGCAAUCUCCACUGAUGGAAACGGGAGCUUUUCAAGAGUUAAUCAGACUCUUGUGCAGCUUUAGUUCCUUUCACUGGGGCUUGCAUAAGUAAGCUUCUUGGUAUAUUGUACUCAAAUUCUCUAACUUGCAAAAUCUGAAACUGUAUCAGCCCAGCUGUGAAUCAUUUUAAUUUCUUCCAGCUCAAUAGGCGAGGCUCUCAUUUUGAGGAUGGGACUCUCCAUUCAGCAAAUACAGUGGUGGUAAAGCACUAAGUAUCCCCUAUAAGCUUAAAAAAAAAGUGUCGCCACUCCGUUAGCAUAAUUGUGCAAUAUUUGGCGGCACAAGGAGGGGAAUACUUGCUGCACUGUAGCUUCUCCCUCCAAGGAAAGUUUGUGUUCAGUCUGCCUGGGAGCCUUGCUCCUUAUCUGGUGCAUUGAAAACAUGAUAUGAGUGGGAACUGUAAUGUGUCCAAGAAAAAAUUUUGUUUUGCUACACUCCUUGCCUCUGCUUGGAAUUUCCCAAAUGCCAGUACUUGUUUGGCUUGCCAGGUUGGCAUAAAUAUUUCAAGAUAUCGCUAUUCCAUCUUGCUCCCUCCUUACCAACAAAGGGUGCUUUUAGGAACCAAAUUAUUAUUCUCUCUCCUCCCCCACCUCCCCAAACAUUCUUGAAGGGUAGAUGGAGAAGCAGAAAAGGUUACCAAAUGUCAUACUGUUGUUAUGGAAUCUAGUAUUAACACUUUUUGUUAGCAUUAAGCCAACCAAAUUUGGACAGAUUCUGUUUGUAACAUGUGUAUGUAAAAGCUGUGAAUUGAUGUAUGCUCUUUGUUGCCUUCUGAUUACAAGCCUGACACAACCUGUUGCAGUGCUGAAGAACCGUUUCAACAGCCUAUGGGUGUGAGUGUGUGUCUCUCCUCCCCACCCUCUUUUAAAAAAUGUUUGCAAAUCUUGAGCUGGACUGUUGAAUGGGACCUACUUUCAUAACUAGUGAAAAUAAUACAAAGUUUGUAAGCUAUUUUGUGUUGGGGCUGGGGGAGGGAUGAUUAUUGUACAAAAGUGUUUUUAUAUGCAAAAUGUACAGAUAUAUUGAGACAUGUACACUUUUGUUACUUUAAUAAAAAUGUAGCAAUUUAAAUAUGUUGCUGGAAAGA